AUGAUGACAAUUGUGUCGUUAACCACAGCUCACAAACAUAUCAACCAUAGCUAUAAUGUGGGACUUUUAAUGGUCGAGAGGUCUUCAUUUCGGUUUGAUUUGGAUCAUAUCGGACCAGCCAUUGAUAUCGCCAUUCAGAAAUGUGGGAAUGAAUACAACAUAUAUCUCAAUGUAAUUCAAGUGCCCGUCAACACCAGAAUCGAUUCGUGCAUUCAAUACGAUUCUGUUUACUCUGGCUUUCCGUUGCGCCCGAUUAAUUAG